UCUGAUAACAAUAUUUGUGCUUCAUGUAAAUUGUAAAUCAUAUAAUAUUGAUAAACUGUCAAUAAAGUAUAUAAAAAACCCUUAUUGGAUACGAUUUUGGCAGAAUUAUGGUUUUUUAUUGGCAGUGACAGCGGUAAUCAAAAUGUCAAACGGAGGUGGUGAUCCUGUAAUUCUUGCGACUGCUGGGUAUGACCACACUGUGAGGUUUUGGGAAGCCCACACAGGAUUGUGUCACAGAACAGUGCAACAUCCGGAUUCUCAGGUGAAUUCUCUUGAAAUCACACCAGACAAACAAAUGAUUGCUGUUGCAGGUUAUCAGCAUAUCCGUAUGUAUGAAAUAAACUCCAACAAUCCCAACCCAGUGAUUAACUAUGAUGGCAUUUCUAAGAAUGUCACUGCAGUUGGUUUCCAUGAAGAAGGGAAGUGGAUGUAUACAGGCGGCGAAGACUGCACUGGAAGAAUAUGGGAUCUGAGAUCCCGAAACUUGCAGUGUCAAAGAAUAUUUCAAGUAAACGCACCGGUCACCUGUGUCUUUAUUCAUCCAAAUCAGGGAGAGUUGUUUGUCGGUGACCAGGGUGGCUCGAUUCAUAUAUGGGAUCUGAAAACGGACAAUAAUGAGCAUUUUAUUCCAGAGCCAGAUGCAGCCAUACAGUCAAUAAGCAUUGACCCAAUGGGAACAAUGAUGGCAGCUGUGAAUAAUAAGGGCAAUUGCUACAUCUGGACUCUGACUGGUGGCCGUGGUGAUGAACCGACACAGCUGCACCCAAAAACAAAGUUCCCAGCACACAACAGAUACGCACUCAAGUGUCUUUUCAGUCCAGACUCCACGUUGCUAGCGACGACGUCUGCCGACACGACGUGUAAGAUCUGGCGCACUGCUGACUUGACGUUGCUGACGGAACUCAAGGACAGUCAACAGCGGUGGGUGUGGGACUGUGCUUUUAGUGGAGACUCACAGUACAUUAUCACAGCUUCUUCUGACCAGAUGGCCAGACUGUGGAGUGUGGACACUGGGGAGGUGAAGAGAGAGUAUAGCGGACAUCAGAAAACAGUCGUCUGUCUCGCAUUCAGGGACGAGGUGGUGACUUGACACAAACGGUCAUCUGUCUCGCAUUCAGGGACGAGGUGGUGACGUGACACAAACAGUCGUUCUUAGCAUCGACUGCUAAUUACUGUGAACAUUGGAAUGAAUGCAGUUUGAUGUAUGUGGGGUCAUUAAAUAGUUACGUAACACUCAAGAUGAGACUGUUGGGAGAAUUGUGGAAAAUGUUACGUUUUCAGUCAAAAUGUAUGUUAGGAAAUUGUAUUGAGGUGGGAGUAAAAUUGUCUGUUUUGAAGUUCGUACUUAUUGAACAGCCUUGGAUAACAUUUGUGUGUCAAGCCAUAAUUACUGGAUGCUAUGGACAUAGUGUUUAAUUUGAGGUGAUUCAAGUUGAGGCAUCAGCACACUGCUGAAUUGUGAAUAUGAGAGAAGACUGUGCAGUGUAUAUAAAAUGUCUUGCCCACCGACUGAAUUAACCAGCUUUUGCAUGGUACUAGAUAAAUCUGUUUGACCAUCCAGGGCUAGACAAUUUCUAAAUCAGGGCUAGCUCUGGCACUCGCCAAAUUCACCAAUUGUGAAUUUUUAAAGUAGUUUGCGAAUUUUAUUUUAAUUUGGCGAAAUAAUUUCAUGUAAAAAUUGACAUUUUUUACAAAGUAACU